AUGCGUGAGACGAAUGAUCGAUCACCGGAUACAGAUGAAAUGCUACAGAGCACACGCAUCGUUUUCCAGCUCAAGCUACUAGGUGGCAGACACGCUAGCGUGGUGCUCAAUCGGCGACGACUAACUAACAAGCACCGGCUGCGGCCGGGGAGGCGGGCCGGAACCGCCCGCGGCGAUAUGUUGGGGCUGGCUGUGAAGCGGCUGGCGCGGCUGGCGAUGGCGAUCACCGGGCGGCUGGAGAAGGCCGGAAUGGUGCUACUCCUCACCGUGAUGGCGGCCUCCGCCGUCGCCGCCGUGCUGUUGCUGCUCGCCUGCCCCGCGUCGCCCCGCUGCUCGGUGGCCUUCGGGUCCGCCCUGUCCGCGCCUAAGAAGCUCUGGGGUUUCGGCUUCUCCGUCGCGCCCAAGACGUCGGCGUUGGACUCCGGCGAGUGCGACAUCUUCGACGGAGAGUGGGUGUGGGACGACAGCUACCCGCUCUACGAGAGUAAGGACUGCCCCUUCCUCGACGGCGGGUUCCGGUGCUCCGAGAACGGCCGCCCGGACGCGUCCUACACCAAGUGGCGCUGGCAGCCGACCUGCUGCGAUCUCCCCAGAUUUGAUGCUCAACGUAUGCUCGAGAGGCUACGGAACAAAAGAGUGGUAUUCGCCGGGGAUUCGAUCGGAAGGAACCAGUGGGAGUCUCUGCUUUGCAUGCUCUCUACCGGCGUUUCAGACAAGAGCGCCAUCUAUGAGAUCAAUGGCAGACCCAUCACCAAGCACGAUGGCUUCUUCAUAUUCAGGUUUAGAGACUACAAUUGCACCGUGGAGUACUACAGAUCUCCUUUCCUAGUCCCUCAAGGUCAUGGACCAGCUGGAGCACCCAAGUUUGUUAAGAGCACUAUCAGGGUGGAUUCCAUGGAUUGGAUGUCUGGCCGGCGCAAGUGGAGAGACGCUGAUCUGUUAAUCUUCAAUUCUGGGCAUUGGUGGACCAAGGACAAAACAACCGAAUGGGGUGCCUACUUCAGAGAAGGAGAUGAGGUGAAGAUGGAUAUGAGCGUCAAUGAUGCUUACAGAAGAUCAAUACGAACACUGUUCGACUGGCUUCACAGAGAAGUUAACUCGACCAAAACCCAGGCCAUCUUCCGGACCUAUUCUCCUAGUCACUUCAGCGGUGGUGACUGGAAUACCGGAGGGGACUGUCAGCUGGAAACACUUCCAGAUAAGACACCGGUUAAAUCGAUGGAGCAAUGGGCCGACAUGCUAAAACCCGUCAUCGAUGUUCUAGGGAGCAACAACAGGCCCAAGCUGGCUGGGUUGGAUAUACUGGAUGUGACUCGGAUGACGGCCCAACGAAAAGACGGCCACCUCUCGGUCUUCAGAAAUUCUGCAAGUUCAAGGCAAGCCUUUCUGAACAAAACAUCAGAGGUCAAAGAGGUGGAGGAUUGCAGCCACUGGUGCCUGCCUGGUGUCCCUGACACCUGGAAUGAGCUUCUCUACGCCCUCGUCAUGAGAAGGCAAAUGAGGUUGGACCGAAAUGACACCGAUUCUGAACCGAACACCGACUGGCAAAGUGUGUGA